GACUGGAACGCCAAGGUCAACGUCGUGUCGCGCAAGGACCUGGACCGGCGCAAGCUCGUCGAGCUCCACUACCUGCCGUCGCUCGCGCUCCUCAACGUGCCGGGCUUCGCGGGCCUCGCUCCGGCGUCGCGCGUCGUCGACGUCGGCACGGGCGGCGGCUUCCCGGGCCUGCCGCUGGCCAUCUGCCGGCCGGAGCUCGACUUCACGCUCUGCGACUCGCGCAGGAAGAAGGUCGACGUCGUGAAAUCGUGCGCGGACGUCGCAAAUUGCGACAACGUCGCGCCCGUCGCGGGCCGCGCGCCCCAGGACAUCGCCGGGGACCACGACCUCGUGCUCGGCCGGUCCGUGAAGAACCUGCCCGACUUCUUCCGCACCGUCGCGCCGGCGCUCUCGCCCGUGGCGCGCCGGCGCGGCGACACCUUCUCGGGCGUGCUCUACAUCAAGGGCGGCGACAUCGCCGACGAGCUCGACGAGCUC